GACAAGUUGUAUAACUUCAAAAAGCUCAAAUCAAAUGUCAGUGCCGCAAACUAAUUUUGUUUAAAUAUUUAAAAAAAUCAGUAUGUUCUAGUGAAAAAUCCUAUUCGCGUGACUAUGCCGGGCUCGAUUUGCUGCCGCAAAGAGUCGCUUAACCACGCUCAUGUUUCUAAAGAGUAUGUUUAAGUCGAUUCUAAUUGGCCUCCCCGUCGGCCUAACCCUGCUGGACACCGUGGGGUAUGUGGCUCGGGUCGAGGGUAUAUCUAUGCAGCCAGCGCUCAAUCCUGAAGCGAAGAACAUGGACUACGUGUUUUUAUCGCGAUGGGCGAUCAGAGACUUCAGUGUGAAGCGAGGUGACGUUGUAUCGCUGGUGUCGCCGAAAGAUCCUAACCAGAAGAUUAUCAAGCGCGUGGUAGCGCUCCAGGGUGACGUCGUGAGCACGCUAGGCUACAAAACGCAAUACGUGAAGGUUCCCGAUGGCCACUGCUGGGUGGAAGGCGACCACACAGGCCACACGUUAGACAGCAACACUUUUGGGCCCGUGUCAUUAGGUCUGUUGAACGCUAAGGCUAUAGCCAUAGUGUGGCCUCCCGAUCGAUGGCAGCAACUCGAAGCUAAAUUGCCGGCACACAGAAGACCGAUCAGCAUGCCUGUGUAGUGGUAAAUGUUACGUUUAGGACCACAAAAGUUACAUCAAUGUUUACAAGUAACUGCCUGUUUGUUUUAUUACAUCUUGAUGUUUAUAGUGGAAAUUUAUAAAAUAGGUGAUAGGGUGAAAAUGAUUGUGAAAUCUACCUUCAGUUACUUAAAUUAGGGGAAGUUUGUUGCUGUAUUAUAGACAUAAGUUCCAAGACUUUAGUUGUAAUGAUUUACUUGUCUGCAUUUGCUUAAUGUUUAUGUUUAUGAGCCAUUCUAUUUAAAGUACACUAGUUUUUUUUAGAAUUUUUUAUGUUAUUUCUACUCAAGAAUCUUAUUUAAGCUCUUUCAAUCUUAAUAGGAUAAAAAAAGGGUCUCAAGAUUUUUAUAUCCAUUCUGUUACUAUUUUUUAUUAACUUUGUAUGAUGGUAAUGGAAUGGAAGGAACGAAAAAUUUAUGGAAAUUUUGGGACAUUAGGAUUGAAAGAGCUUGUGGUAGAAAUAACAUAAAAAAAUCCUAAAUCUGAAAAAAAGUGUAGUUUUCAACUUUAAUGGCCCUGAUGAUUAAUGUUUAGCCUAUAUAGCCAAGUAACCAUCCUUAAAGUAAUGCCAAAUUAACUGAUCUUGCUUUUAGAUCUCUUAACUAGUCUAUUUGUUCCUGUUUCGCUUCCUAUCAUGAACUAUGAUAACUUUCUUAUUACCUUUUAGACAAGUUUGUUAUUGGUUGAAACUUCAAUGUCAAACUAGUUUUUCUGUAAACAGGUUUGAAAAGGUGACCUAGCUCAAUUGUUUCUGUUGUUAAACUGAAGGAACUGUAUUCUGUAAUUCUACCUACAAUCAAAUUAACUUAUUUAAAUUUCAUUGCAACUAAUUUACUGCCUUUAACCUAUAAGACAUACUUUCCAACAAAAUACGAAAAUAGUUUCAAAUGCAAACGCGAAGCAAAGCAGCGCGUCGGGCCCACGGCGUCGCGUUCGCGACAAGAUCGCCCACGUAGGACACUUCUAUAAGUAUCAAAGGGUUGAUUCACACCGCGCCGCAUCGCUUCGCGUUCUUGUGAGAUAAGAUAAAAAAUAGUAUAAUUAUCUGUAAUGCAAUAAAUCAAUGAAAUUAAAGGUACAAGUUUCAAGAAAGUUAACUAUAUAGUAAUUAUAACGGUUGAAUAAAAAAAUAGAACUACA